GCAUGUUUUAUAUUAAAAGAUGCCCAGACAUAUGUGUAAAGUGAUAAUCAUUCUCCACUUUUCAACAUUAUUCUCCACUUUUCUUUUUUUUUGAUUGGCGUAAUGCUUCAGGACUGUGACAUUUAUUUUAGACUUGUAGAAUAGCAAUGGAUUAUGGGAGGGUCCUUCUUUUUACCCUGAGAGUGGGAUUCUUCUACUUCCUUAAGAGUUCAUCGGCCCAAUAUCAGUCUUUUAAUUUGGAGAACAAAUGCAACGGCAGUUUGACACUAUAUUGUCCAGAGUACUUCGAUGGCCGACCGGGCACAUUCCGCUAUACCUAUAUCAGCAGGAUGCCACGGGGACUGUGUUAUUUCGACGUUACACUGGAUUCCUUUUGUCUAGAUCGGGGAGUUUUGUUUGCAUUUUAUUUCAACAUCAGAAGCUUGAACCUUCCUUCUGGUGACUAUCUCCAAAUCUACGACAAAACUAUACCGCGUUUCCCUCUAAAACACUUAACCGGAAACCAGACCGCACUUUUCAACCCUGCAUCGGUGGCGCAAGCACUGACAUCGUACACGAGGAAGCCAUCCAUAGCACUGGAGUACUAUCGCAGCUUAUCAUCCGCUACCAGUGCCCAUAAUGCGCUUGUCGAUUUCGUUAUCCUUGAAGAUACCGCCUCAGCAAUGAAUGCCCACUGUGCAGCGUUAUCGGGAUACGUGGAUACAUUCUAUCUUUGUCACACUUUCGGAUCCGUGGAUCGUGUGAACUGCCCAUCCAAUUUUGUUCCCUCGGUGACGGGACUCAAUCCAGCUUACGGACGCCAAUGCGACAACCAGUCCACGACUUCAUGGAACUGGGAUUCGACCUCCACACCACUAGCAGGAACUUGGAAUACGACCCUUACUCAACCGCCUGUUACUGCCGUUCCCGUGAACACAACCACCUUUCGGCCGCCGAUCACUGCCGCUCCAGUUGAAGUUCCAUUUUAUCUUCUGAAUCCGUUGAAUAUUACGUGUCGCCUCGGACGAGUGAAUCUCCCGACACUUGAUUUGGAUCUGGAGGACGCAAUGACUACCGUGUUUGACGGCGACAACACCCUCAACUGCCGUGUAAUACUCCACGAUCUGCAUUCGUGGAUUGUGGCGAAAGCCGGUGAAGCCCGACAGAAGCGAGCGUCGUUUUACGAGCCGAUUAGAGUGGAGUGUUCCCGGGGACAUUUGACCGUGUCCAGUGUGGACCCCGGCACAGCAGAGUCAACGGGGAUGAUCUUCCGCACCGGUGCAUCCAAGAAGUGUAUGGACACAUACAGAGAAUUUUUGGAUUAUGUAACGGGCUUUGCGGGAAAUUAUGACAUAUAGUCUAGUGGGAUUCCUGGAUUGUAGUGGUUUUCUGUGAUACCGUACUGCUCCCCAAAUAUUAAGUGGCUGGGAAAUUCGAUGAUAAAUAUUAACUUUCUCAUAUUACUCUUCCAAGACGCAAACUGUAAAUUUAAAACUGGCGACUAUUUUACUUUGCCACAGGCUUUACAGUAUGUAUACGAUUCAAUGACGUGAGUUACAAUAUUGUUUACGGGCUUGAAAUGGUGUUUCCUUCUUGCAAGAAG